AUGACCAAUGAGAACGCCUAUCAGCAAGAUCAGCACCGCCGCGGUACCCUGUACAUUAUCGAUCAUCCAACGGGGGACACACCAGACAUCCAUAGUGUGAUAGAGCCGCCGCUCCAGCCUCAGGAUCACAUCCAAGGCCCUGAGCAUCGCAAAAACCUUAGACAUACACUGCACCCUUCCAUAAGUCUAUGUGACUCCCUAAUUCCAAGGCACUCAACGAAAACCCCUGCCCCGGUGCACCAUCCAGCUUGGAAUCAUCCGUCGAAAAAUAUUUUAAAACAAAGCAGAAAUGCCAAGUUCAAAUGUGUUAGUCAACAUUUUUCAACGGUUGUCAAAAACAAGCCUGAAAAAUGUCCCGCUGCAAAACUUGAUUUGCAAGAGGAAUGGAAUAGGGCCAAACCCUUCUAUACAGUGCCCGGUCCUACCAGGCUACAAAUGCUGCGAGGCUUUAUGAAAGGUGGUGAUUUUUAUAAUAAAAAUUUUGACAAAGUUAUGCUGAUGUGUAGGGAACGCUUUGGUGAUAUUUACCUCAUGCCUGGCAUGUUUGGCCAAAACACCAAUUUGAUAACCUUUAAUCCAGAAGACUUUGAGAAAAUCUUUCGCACCGUUGGUCCUUAUCCCGAAAGGCCUGGAAGUGAGGUUAUUACCGAUUAUCGCAAGGGUAGAAAAGAUGAUUUGUAUAAGGGCAAUUUGGGAGCCACAGGAAGUGGUCCAGAGUGGGUAAAAUUUCGCAAUACUGUUAAUCCAGUGCUAAUGCAUCCAAAAAAUGUAGCUCAUUAUAUGGAUCCAACGGUGGAACUGAUGCAGGAAUUUAUAGCAAGAAUUCGCCGCAUACGUGAUCCGGCCAGUCAAGAAGUUCCUGCGGAUUUUAUAACAGAUAUUAUUGCACUAUCAUUUGAAUCGGUUGCUCUGGUGGCUUUAGACAAAACUUUGGGUUUCCUACGCCAUGAUGUGGUGAAUGCAGAAUCCCGAGCUAUAUUUGAAAAUUUAAAAUGUUUCAACAGAGCUUUCUACGAUUUGGGUGUGAAACCGUCGUUGUAUAAGUACAUCAAAACUCCCACCUAUAGGAAUUUUGAAAAAUCCAUGGACACUCUAACAAAUUUAUGCGCCAAAUAUGUCAACGAGACCAUGAAGGAACUUAAAAAAAAAGAUGGAGAUAUAACUCAAGGGCGAAGUGUUUUGCAGCAAUUGUUUAAAAUUGAUCCAAAAACUGCGGUUAUAAUGUCAGUGGAUACAUUAUUUGCUGGCGUAGAUUCCGAGACUGCAGCUCUAUCGGGCAUACUACUCAGCAUGGCCUGUAAUCCGGAUAAACAGGAAAAAUUGCGCAAAGAAGUUCUUAGUCGAAUUGGAAAAACUGAAAAAUUUACCACAGAAAAUAUGAAAAAUAUGCCCUAUCUCAGGGCAUGCAUCAAGGAGUCAAUGCGUAUUUAUCCCAUACUCUUCGGCAAUAUGAGAGCUACUGGUGCCGAUGUGAGUCUGAGUGGAUAUCAAAUACCCAAGGGCACCAGUGUCUUUUUGGCUUCGCAUAUGCUAUUGCUGGAGGAUAAAUAUUGUCCACGAGCAAAGGAAUAUAUACCAGAACGUUGGUUGCGCUCCCCGGGGGCGGACAAUGAUCGGCCAGACACUGAAUCCCUUAUGCCCUCAAAUCCAUUUUUAUUCUUUCCCUUUGGCUUUGGGGCGCGCAGCUGUAUUGGCAAACGCGUAGUCAGUUUACAAAUGGAGAUAAUAUUGGCAAGUCUUGUAAGAAAUUUUAAAGUUGAAUAUCGCUAUCCCACCGAGAAUGCCUUUAAGAAUUAUUUUACGAAUUUUUGUGUUAUACCAUUGAAAUUUAAAUUUAUUGAUUUGUAA